AUGAACCCGGCCCUAAACCCCCUCCUCCAACAUGCCAUGAUGGCUCAAACCGGCCUCCCCCUAGGCCGAAGAGCCAACGGCUUCGGCGCCCUCCCCCUCGGCCCAGGCGUCCCCAUCCCCGCGCACCAACUAAACUUCCUCUCCGGCCAAGCAGGCAUGCUCCCCACCCCCUUCUCCGCCGGCCGCUACCCCUUCCCGCAAACGCCCAUGCCUAUGCAACCGAUAAAUCCCAUGAUGAUGGGGAUGAUGGGCGGUGGCGGCGGACGGGGCGGGAUGAUGGGAGGUGCUGGAGGCGGAGGAGGCAUGAUGGGCGGCGGUGCCGGAAUGAACAUGAACCCCUUAAUGCUAGCCUACCUCCAACAACUCUACCUCGAAAUGCUGCUCUCGCAAAGCGAAGACCCGGAUGACACGGGGGUUUGGGACGGCGACGAUGAGGAAGGCGCGGAUGUUCUCGCGAAGAUGAGGAGACGAAGAGGAAGACGUGGUGGUGCUUACCCGCCCUUCUCCUCCCUCAAAGCCUCCCUCUCCCUCUUCGCAGGUCUGGGCGCGCACGUAGGCGACCACGCAUUCAACAUCGGCGGCGGCGUAGGCUGCGGCUUGUUCUCUCAUCUCGGUGGGAUGGGCAUGGGGAUGGGGAUGAGUCCGUUUGGGAUGGCGCCGUUGGGGAUUAUGUGA